UAUGAAAGAAGUUAUGGAAAAUUUCAAUAAACAGACACAACAACGGUUUCACGAAUACGACGACCGUAUGAAAACUACACGCCAAAAAUGUAAAGAUAAAUGUGAUAAAGAAAUCCAAAAGAUUAUUUUAAAAGAUAAAUUAGAAAAACAUAUGGCAGAACAAUUAACCACAUUGGAAACAAAGAUAAACACCGAUGAUAUUCCCACAUGUAUUUGCGAAAAAUCCUUAGCAGAUAAAACAGAAAAAUUUUGUCUUAACUGUGGUAAAAAUAUGGGAGCAAUAGCACCCUGGUGGGGGUUGGUCUGUGGUGCAGGGUAUGGGGGAUGGUCACAUUAUGCU